GUUCAAGGUCACGAGACAUUUAUAAAAGUCAACACAAAUAAUCGCACACUAGUUUCCGGAAUAUCCUAAUGUCAUCCAACCAAGGGAAUAAGAUAGACCGGUACGAAAUCUUCCGCAUUCGUCAAGGCAUGAGGCCCAGAAGUAAUGGCGAGGCAUAUUUUGAUUGCAGUGGCAGUCCGAUGAUCGACGGAUUUGAUCACAAGAUACGGGUUUACAAUAAAAAAGGAGCAACAGGAAAUCAAAGAGGAGUCAAUUCUGAGCAAACAUAUGGAAGCAAAAAUACAUCAGACUGUAGUUAUCAGCAAGAUUUUGGUGAUAACUUAGGUCCAUUGGUUACUUAUGGGAUCGAUGAUGAACCCAAUCCAGGUGAUAAUAAACGUAAAUGAAAUUUUAAAUGAAAGAAUUUGAUCACCCAUUCUCAUCACUGUUGUCAGUUAUUAUUUUGUUUUAGUCAUUUGGGUAUGUUGACAGACAUAAGUAGCAUACACCACAGUACUACAAAUUAUGUGAGGAAUCGUAUAUUCUAUUACAGAAUGUUAAUCAACUCGUGAUGAAUUUUAUUUAGCAAUACAACUGCCAUAACAUCAUUUAAACUUCCAUAUUUGUACUUAAAUAUUCCCCUACAGUUAAUACAGUCCUUUUUAACAUCUUUUUUCAUUCUUAUUAUUUAUUUUGUAUAUUGGAGUCAUAUUUUGUCCCGCUUUUGUGUUUUUGUUAAAAAAAAUUUUAUCGUGUCUGUUCACUUUCUUUUGUACAAUGAUUUACUACUUGAUUGUUACUUCAUUUUUAUUGCUGUUAACUUAUGAAACCACUCUGCAAGAAACUUAUUGGUAUUUUCAUUAGAAACAUAAGUUGACAUAAUAUAAUAUUUGACAUCAAUCAUUUCACUUUCAUCGUAAAUUGAUUGGGUAUAGUUAGGAUUAUCAAUUAUCUCUACUUUAGUCCUAGAUACCUUUCUUUGUAAUUUGGAUGAUUUCACUUUACCUAUUUGCUAGUCUGUGCAACCAAACAUUGUAAGUUUUAGUAUCGUGAGAUUUUUAGGUAUACAUCCAUACUAAAAAACAUUAGCAUAUUGUUGAUAGUAGCUAUAUAUUUUGAUACUAACAAUUCUAAAUUUAUUGUUGUUGGUUAAAUCAAUAGUGAAUCAGAAUCAACUUGUCAGCAUGUUAAUUAUUUAACAAUCAUUUCUUACGAGUUCAUCAUAAAAUGACGCCAAUGCAUUUUAUUUUUGGAAAAAAUACAUGCCGUACACUGAAAACCAUAGAUGUUUCAUUAGAUAUAAGUCAAUAAUCUUUUGUAUUAUGACUAGUGAGGUGGUACCUUGCUGGAUGUGAGGCAUUUACUCACAGAAGACAAUUAGAGGUGGUCGCGCAACAUUUUGAAUUGACUGAAGUUAAGCAUUGACAUUAGUGAAUGCUGGACCAGUGACUUACAGGUUAACUCGAUCGUGCGCGGAAACGAAAGUGGUACGUCUGAUUGCUGGCAUGCAAGCUCGUGCAUGCUCACUGAUAAGGGAUCUAGUAGGAGGACUUAGUGGCCAGACAGUUCUUCCAGGUUAUCAUUGUUGGUCUAACAUUGGUCGGUUCAUGAUUUCUUCGAAAUUCAACAAUCAUUACAUCGUACAAUUUUGUUUAUUAAUAUGCUUCCUCAGGAGUCGGUAAAAUUUGUCAUAUACUCUACAGUUACUCAUAAGUAGUGUAAAACAAAUUAAAAACAUGUUGGUAGAUAGUAUACAUCUCGAUCCAAGUCACUGGAAAACAAUAGUUACUGCAUUUCUGUCAGAGACAGAAUGCCAACUUAUUCACAACACUGUUGGGUUUCAACCUCUGGGAAAUAUUUAUGUUGAAAAAUUUUCAGCAUCCUAAAUACUGAAAAAUACUAAAUUCGCAGAAUGCAGUAUCAAAAGUCUUGUACACAUUUUGAAUAUAGUUUGCUAGUGACCUAUAAAGGUUGAAGCAAAUUGUGGUGUUGGUAUGCAUCAUCGCAAGUGAAACAACCGAGAACAAUUCCCGUAACAAAAUAUGAAUGUGUGAUGUGUAUUGGUCAUAUUGAUAAGUAAUAGUUUGUAUAGAUGUGAAGUUAGAAAUACGUUUAUUAAUUCUCGUAUUAAUUGUAACUUUUAAUAAACAUUCAGUAGCUCAGUGCUUGUUUAUCAUUCAUCCAUAAUUUUCUGAAGGCAUUUCAGUGACUCACGUAUUAGUUAUGCGGAUUAUUCAGGAUAAUACAUUUCGAUUUCACUCAUGUCUUGAUGAAAAUCUAUUGUUUGUUUCACAUAACAUCAUCACUAAAAUUGUUCGUGAAUGUGGAUAUAAGCAUUACCAGUUUCGGGAAUACUGUUUAAAAUAACACAAGUAGUGAUAAAACCAAUUCAAGAAGAAUUAUUCCUAAACUUUCCUAUGUCAUUCACGUUUAUUAUUUAGAGUCACUUUAGAAAAUGAAAUAGUAAAGGAAGCAUAAUAUAUUUCAGGUAAUAUGUAUUACUUAUCAGUAAUCUUUCUUUACAAGAUUCCAUGAAAUGAGUACAUGAAUUAACAAAUCUUUAAUUUAAAUGGACUGAAGUCAUUUAUGGAGUGCUACUAAUAAUUACGCUAUAAAUCUGUUCAGUAUUUAUAAUUAUAACGCUGCAGUUAUCUCGUUAAUUUGUCUAGUUUAACUAAACCCCGUGAUUAGAGGAAGGAUUGUCUUAUCUUUAUUAGCUAGAACAGAAACGUCAAAAGAGAUAUUACUGAGUGAUUAUUUUAUGAAGCUCAUGUUUCAAGUUUAACUGCACCCACAUUAUUAUACACUAAGCCACGCACAUAAAACAACGUCAAUAUAAACUCAACAGGGAUAUUACUUAUUCAGUAUUCAAGACGUUAUGAGUGUUUUUUCUCACUGUAAGUCUAAAGCAAUCUCAACACUGCCAACAAUCUCAUACAUUUUCUUUAUAAAACUUCUAUUUUUAUUAAAAUAAAUACGAAACUUGUAUAUACAUAUCAUAUUCACUUUCCCUUCAGAAUGACAUUCAAUUUCUGGGACUCAAAACAAAAAGUCAGUAGAUUGUGUCACCUGGAUAUUUUGAGCCCUUUAAUUUUCUGUAACUAAUGAAUCGCUAUUUCAUCUGUUAUGUUAACAGACAAAAUAAGUUAGUGUGAAUCUGAAUUCUUGUAAGCCUAAAAGAAGAGUACGAACAUUUCCGAAUGCAAAUAGAUAUGUCUAUAAGAUCAGAGAAUAACUUAUAGAUUGAAUGGUUUUCUGUGAGAAAAAACAAAAUGAAUCGUACUGAAUCUAUCUAUUAAAACUGUUAAAAUAGUAAAUGUACAAAACACUGGGCAAAGAUAGUAAGACAAUUAAUGUAGUUUGAAUUUGCGGUGAUGUAACUUUGAACGUAUUGUAAAACGAGAAACCCGAGUUAUUACUAUGAUUGUUAUUGUUAUCAGUAGAUAUUGAAUGAUCAUUUAAUCUUUUACAGAUACUUUUAAUAAAAAGCUCUUGUUCACCAAUUUCGAAAUGAAAAGUACAGUAUUCACUUAAAGAUUAAUAUUAUCUAUAAUAAUCAGUGUAAGGUUUUCAUUAUAAGACCUGAAUGCUGACCAAUGGUUUUCGUGACUUUUAUCAAUAUAUAGGUAAAACUUCUAUACGUAGAAUCAAUGAGUAGUUGAAGACUAUUUUGAUGUAAUACUUUAUUUUAACCAUUCUAAAAUGCUAGAAGGUAGGAUCACAAACACACUAAAAAGGAAAUAUCCUUAAAAUAUACCACUGAAUGGAUAGAAACUCAAUAAAAAACAAAACAAAAUGUUAAAAUAAGAUUUAUCCAAAUUUCAACCAGAUCGAUUCUUUAAAAAUGCAUAUCCUUAAACUAGAAAUAAAUCUUACUUAAACUUAAUCUUUUAAACUACCAAAGAAAAAUGAGAUAGAUUUCUUUAAUCUAUGUGAACAUGAAGACAUCAAGUAGUUCAGAAAAGAUGUGUGAUGAGAUUUCUGGUAAACCUAAAAAGCAAGAAGGAGUUUUCUCGCUUUACUAAAAUAGGAUACCCGCAUAUUAUAAAUUGAAUUAUACGACCUUGUUAAAUACACUUAAUCAUAAAUCAAAUCUUAUUGUACAAAGGAAAUAAAAUUCAUAGGAUGGAGUUAAUUAAUGUAGACUACCUGCUUUACGACGAUACAUAAGGAUUCACAAUAAUAUUUGUAUUAGGUAUAUUUAAAUGUUGUUCACUAUGGGUCGUAGAAUAUUGCAAUAAUACUGUAGUGAAUCUGAAUAUGAUGUACUGAAUUUAGACAAGAUUCUUCUGACCAGUUUUCUUUUACGAGUUCUGUCUUUAGAUUACUAAUCCACCGUAAUUUUUUCUGCGGAUAUAAUAAGGAUAACAUUUCCCCUUUUAAUUUCACAUCAUUUCAAAUAAAUAAAGGUAUUUUAGAAAACUGCACCGUUUUAUUCAUGUUUCAAAAAGACCUAUGCUAUUUGCUCAAUUUCAGUGCCUCAAUUUUUUUCGGAUAAUUAGUUGGUCUCUCUUCAUAAGAAUACGUGAGUGUUGAAUGAACAAUGGUAAUCUAUAUGACAUGAUGGUUGUAAGAAAUAUGUAUGUGAACUUUAUAUGUUUGGUGUUUAAAAAAUCUCAAUUCAUGGUAAGUUUAAUUAAAUGAUGAAUAGUACAGAAAUUUUCUGUCAAAAAAUAGUUAUUUUGUUAAAGAUUAAUAACAAAUGGGGAAAAAUUAUGUACAAAUUAGUUCAUUAAACGGAAGUAUUCUUCAGUAAUAAUUCCUGUUAAGAUACCGACUAGUUAUCUACCUCAUCAAACGCACUUUAUUCAACCACUGUUUAUAUAACAUCAUUAUUGUUAUAUCCUAGUGAAGAUUAAAUUACAAGUAACUUCUGAAAACUAUUAACGAACUUUAUUAUAUAUAUAUAUUCCUAUUGUAUAACUGUUCUGUAACUAGAUUAUGUAUAUCUUUAUUCUCCUUAUUAUAAGCUUCAUUUUGACGUAUAGACUAUUAUCAUACGAUUUACUGUUCUUAUGUUAUGUUCAGUUUAUUGAUUACAGUCUCCCACAAUCACAGUCACUUUCUAACUUGAUCUUGCACAAAUUUUAUUUCCUAUUUUAUGGUGUGAUAUGGUCUGUUUGGCUUGUAUAUAAACUAAGUAUGUUUGAAAUAAAUGAUUCGCAUAGUGGAAGCUGUUAUUGGCGUUCUGAACUAGAUUGGACGGGCUAGGUGAACGAAGAACUAAUAAGGUCGGUAAGCUGUUCAUACCGGUUGAACGUCAUUGGUUUAGCACAGUACUAAGAUUGAAUAAGUCAUAUUGCAAUUGGCGAAUAAAUCACGUAAUAACUAGACGGGCUUAAAUUCACACCAGUUAUUUUAUUAGGUCAGUUUUAGUGAGGAGAUCCAUAGACUAAUGAAAUGAUUAAAAAAACUCCUAGAAACCCUGUAGUACACUUUCAUGACAUUCUCAUACAACACUAUUAAAUACAGAUUCUGUUUAACGAGAGUUAUUAUUGAAAUUAACUUAGAUCACAAACUGUUAAUAGUGGUUCAGUUACAUAUUAACAUAAACAUUUUUCGAACAACUUUAUGACAUAUAGGAAAUUGUGAGCCGUCUAUUUCGUACCAAACUUUUCUUCAUCUGUCUAAUAUAUUAUCAAUUGAACAUAUAUGUAUUGUGACUUACUCAUUGUGACUUACAUAUAGUUGAAUUCAAAAUUUAACU